AUGCCUGGUAGCCCUAGUAAGAAAAAGAGAACAAAGCACAAAGCUCUGGACUCUGAUCUCAAGGUACUCAACGGGCAAGCAGGCUCGGAAAAACGAGUCUCAGCAUCGCCUGUUUGGGUCGUCCAGGUGCAGGGAAAGGAGGGUAGGGGCGCUCAGCUGGAAAAAAUAGGUGCUAUCUUGGAUGCUCCAAGCUACCUUGCAAGGGUUGUGGAAGUCACUCCAAAAUUAAGCAGCCCCCUCCUCCUUACACCACUUCAGGGACAUUGGAUUCAAACACCUGUGGCUCCCAGACCACGGCCAAAGAAAAUUAAGAAAACUGUCGCUCCUUUUUCGAGCCUUGAGGCCUUGAACAACCAGCCCACUUUUGUUCAACGCGAAGUUGGCGGACAGUAUGGAUUUUGUCCACCCAUCGUUCCUCCUGGAACAGAACCGGAUCUUCAAGCACUCAACAACUCAUUCGUGGCUGCAGCCAAGGCUGCCAAGGAGCAAUGUACUCCGUCUGCAUCUCACAACUCCCAUCUUGCUGCUGACGCCUUCAAAUGCCAUCUUCCUUCUGCUGCUUCUAGCGAUGUUGAUUUGUCACAACAGGUACUUUCAAGGCCAGCUAUUGUGAACCUGCCGGACGCUCGCUUGUAUGAGAAUCUGGAUCCCACCCUUCGGCCAAUCAACCAGAGUGACUCCGGGCUGCAAGGCACAAACUCUGAAGGUUCAGACGCAUCCGAGGAGGGGAGUGAUGGUGAGGAUACAUCUGAUGGUGACAAUGGUGCAGACCAACAGAUUGGUUGGGGAGAAUCUGGAGGAUGCCAUAAUGCACAUCCUGGUUUUUCGGGAGAAGUCCAACCGUCCCAACCUCAGGCUGCAAUCGCUCUUCCGACCGACUUCGAAUUCCAGCACUCGCGGGAUGAAGAUGAUCAAGCAGCUGGGAGAGCUUUGGCGUCCAGUGAUUCUUCAAGUAGUGACGAUUCGGCAACGGAUGCUCCCCAGCUGGCUGAUGUACUGGAACUUCACCAUAAGAAAAAUUGUCAUCCCCGCCUUCCUGAUCCUGCCCUUCUGGACCUCCUCUGUGGUGCUGAAAUGGCCAAUGUGUCAGGUUCAAAGACAAAGGCAACAAAGGCAUCCAAGGACCCGGGCGAUGGGCCCAAGACCACACAACUAGCCUGGUAUAGUCCCUGCUGGAAGCACUUUCUCAAAGGAGCAAAGGGAGAGUGUCAUGUCCUGCAUGCUCUGGAGAAUCCAUUCCCGAGACUCAUUACUGAUUUAUCGACCAGCAUCACAGAAUCACUCUCAGCUUCUCUUGUUGAAUGGCUCAAGGAUGGUAAUCAAGUUGAAGCUGGUAUGUUGUCGCCUCCCUUUUGA